UCCGUGGUCAUACUGCAUUGGUCACCUGCUCAUCCACCCGGCUACUUUUAUUAUUAUAUUAAUUUGUUCAAUCAAUAAGCAUAAGAUGUUGAACGAGGCAGAUAGUUUUUCUGACAUAUUUAGAAGUGGCAUACCUUAUUUUCUUCUAAUAGCUCUACCGGUGCUAAUAUCUUGCUCACCUGCAAUGGCAAGCGAAUUCGAAGUUAUGUCCAUGUCCAAAUUCGAUGUUAAUGGGCAACAUUUUGGUAACCGGCUAUCUUCAAUAUCCCUAGAAGCGAGAUCACUGUAUUCAUGGAAUACCUCACGACAUUGUGUUCUUACACGAUUAAUUAAUUUGUCGGUUAAUGAUUUUGACAAAAUACGCCAAAGUGCAGGAGGCCUUAUUGUUAUGUUGCCGUCGAUUAUUUUGGAAUUAGACGUUGAAGCGAAAGAACAUAUAGCUAUUUUAGAGCAAGCAAUGCUCACACAUACUGUGUCAGUUCCAACUUAUUUUGCGCCCUAUAAUAUACACUUGGAAAAAAUAAUUGACGAGAUCACUUAUACAAAUAUAAAAGCUUUUAGCCAAAAUCAAACAUCGGUUGCACAAUUGAUUAUGUCAGUUUCAGCUAAUGGAUAUCAUGCAACUGUAACUGGUACUACUAAAGUCGCAAACAAAAACAGCAAAGUACCAAUUAUCUACGGCGAGUUGGUACCGCAUCAAUUGCAUUUAAAAACCAAUGAUAACGCUGUCGAUGGACACAAAUUACCAGUUAUAUUAAUAACGGCAACUCUAAAAACAUUUGGUGUAUUUAAUGACUACCCGGUGAAUACGGAUAUAACAGUCUUAUUGGCACUCAUAGAAAUGUUUAGUAAGCUGCAUUCUACGACCAAUAUGGCUCCAAACUACCGUCUGCUUUUUUUGAUUUCGGAUACCGGACUCCUUCUUAAUUUUCAAGGUUCUAAGAAAUGGCUUGAAAUGGACGAUAAUUCUUCUCUACAGAAUGUUGAAUUUGUGCUUUGCUUGGAUACCAUCAUAGAAAGUUUAUCCUCCAAUCCAGAUAUGGCUAUGUAUAUGCAUGUUUCUAAACCACCCAAGGAAAAAACGUCAAUAAGCUACUUUUUCAAGCUACUUAAAUCAACGGCAGAAAAAUUUGCAUACAACAUAACAGUAGAAGGUGUCCACAAGAAGAUAAAUUUGGCUGAUUCAAAACUUGCGUGGGAGCAUGAACGAUUCAGCAUAAAACGUUAUCCUUCUUUUACCUUAUCUUCACUGAAAAGCCAUAGAAGCCCAUCGCGAACAACCAUAUUCAAGGAUGAUGAAACACGUAUUUUGACACAAACACUUAAAGCUUCAAGAAUAAUUGCAGAGGCCCUGGCUAGUUUCAUGUACAAAAUGGAACCAACAACAAGUAUUUUUGACGGUCCAUUUGUUAUAAAAGAAGAAAAUGUCUUGCCGUAUUUUGGAAUCAAAUCAGUGUUACAUAACAAUGAUAUUAAAGAUGCUUUUGAAAAGUAUCUUAACAAUGUUAAAAUCAUAUAUGAUAAAGCUGAUAGUCGAGAUCCUGAUUUUAUGUUCUACAACGAAAAUGAUGUGAAACUGAAUGUUUACAGAGUUAAACCAGCGAUUUUUGAUAUUUUCCUCACUGUUUUAAUAGGAUUUUAUUUAUUAACUGUAUUCCUUGGCAUACAAUACUUUCCGCUUUUUUACAAAAAAGUUUCAAGACUUACAAGAGAGGAAACCUUGGUACAAACUAAUGGACACUACACUGAACGACUAAAGUUUAAAUGAAUUUUUUUUUAUGUAUGUCAAUAUCAAUAAAUUUGUGCUAAAUCAAUCUUUAAAUAAUAGGAGAAAUUUAAAUAAAAUAUAAAGU